AUGUAUCAGUUUUUGAUUUUUUUUUACUUCGUUCCAGAUACAUGGUUUCCAACACAUAUUUCAGAAUUAGAUAAAUGUACCCAUCUUGUUACUAAAUUUGAACCAGAGCUGGAUUCUGACCACCCAGGAUUCACUGACAAAGCAUACAGAGCUCGUCGUCAGAAAAUAGCAGAUAUAGCUUUUGAUUACAGACAUGGUGACCCGAUUCCUAGAGUAGAUUAUACAGGUGAAGAUAUUGCUACGUGGGGUCACGUUUACAGACAGUUGAAGGUUUUAUUUCCAACACAUGCUUGUAAAACACAUAGAGAUAUAUUUCAAUUAUUAGAAGAUGAAUGUGGGUACAGUCCUGAUAGAAUACCACAACUAGAAGAUGUUUCCAAUUUUCUUAAACGAAAGACUGGUUUCCAACUACGCCCAGUAUCAGGAUUAUUGAGCGCAAGAGAUUUCCUGGCCUCGCUGGCAUUCCGAGUAUUUCAAUGUACCCAGUAUGUUCGUCAUGGCUCUAAACCAGACCACUCCCCAGAACCAGACUGUGUUCACGAAUUGUUGGGUCACGUUCCUAUGUUAGCUGAUCCAGGAUUUGCCCAGUUUUCACAUGAACUCGGUUUGAAUUCUUUAGGAGCUUCAGACGAAGAUAUUGAAAAGUUUGCUACGUUAUAUUGGUUCACAGUAGAGUUCGGUAUAUGUAAACAAGCGGGACAACUCAGAGCGUACGGUGCUGGAAUCUUAUCAUCCUAUGGUGAAUUAUUACAUGCUCUUGGUGAUAAACCAGAGCGCCGACCAUUUGAUCCACUGAAAACUGCUGUCCAAGAGUACACUGACGAAGAUCUUCAACCACUUUAUUUUGUCGUGGAAUCAUUUGAAGAUAUGAUGGAUAAAAUGAGGAAUUAUUCGGCGACCAUUAAAAGACCAUACGAAGUUCGUUAUUGUUCCUAUACACAAACAGUGCAGAAACUGAACAGUAAAGAGAUGUUAUAUAGUGUUGCCAGAGAUCUGAAAGGGGAAUUAGAAUAUUUAGAGAGAGCAAUAGAUAGGAUCCAAUGUCUUACUAUGACUGGUAGAUAA